AUGCUCCAGUUUCUCGACAACCUCGUACACUACGCCGACCCGACACUCCCGUCCUUCUCGUCCCUCACGUACCUGUACAUCAUCAUACUAGUCUCCUCGCUCUUGAUUUCCUUCCGCUCGCGACAGGAAGAAGAGAACAUCGCCAUGAUCGGUUGCGGGAGCAUGGGCGGUGGAAUGGCCCUGCUCUUCGCCGAGGACGGCGUCAAUGUUUCGCUCUCGGACCCGUCUGAGCAGGCAAUGGAUGCAGUCAUCAACAAGGCUGAGCAGCAGGGGUACAACGGAAAGAUCAAAAAGUACAAUGACUACGAUUCCUUGUGCAAGUCACUCUCCACACCGCGCCUCCUCGUCUUCUCUCUUCCACAUGGCGGCGUUGGCGACAAGGUCCUCGAGGGUCUGGAGCCACAUCUCGCCCGCGACGACAUCAUCCUAGACUGCGGUAACGAGCACUUCCAGAACACCGAGCGCCGACAGAAGAAGACAGAGGGCACUGGCAUCCGAUACAUUGGCUGUGGUGUAAGUGGUGGGUACCAGGCUGCGCGAGCGGGACCUUCAAUGUGUCCUGGCGGUGACAUCUCUGCGCUCAAGGAAGUUCUUCCACUACUAGAAAAGGUCGCAGCCAAAGACAAGAACGAGAAACCUUGUGUGGGCGUCAUUGGAAAGGGCGGCGCAGGACAUUACGUGAAGAUGAUGCACAACGGCAUCGAGCACGGCAUGAUGAGCGCCAUCUGCGAAGCCUGGGGCAUCAUGCGAAAGAUGGGCAUGGACUACGAGGAGAUUGGCGACGUUCUAUCCGAAUGGAACUCAGAAGGCGAGCUGAGAGGCACCUUCCUUGUCUCCAUCGGCGCCGAUCUAUCUCACAAACGCGACUCAGGCGAAAAGCCCAACCAAAAAGAUCCCAAACACCAUCCUCUUGUCAUCUCACAAGUCCUCGACAAGGUCGUUCAGGACGUCACUGGCGAAGAAGGCACAGGUAUCUGGAGCAACACCGAGGCCAUUGAACUUCACGUACCAGCCUUCACCCUCAACAUCGCGCACGCAUUCCGCCUUGCGUCCGCCUUCCGCGGCGACCGUGAGCAAGCCAGCAAGGCUGCCGACGGAGGUUUCCCUCCUAGCCAGCUGGACAUUUCCGACAAGAAGGCUUUCCUUGAAGAUUUGAGAAAAGCAACAUACGCCUCAUGUCUCGCCAGCUACAUCCAAGGCAUGAAUGUCAUUGCCAAAGCAGAUCAAGAGCACAAGUGGGAAAUUGACUACUCACAAAUCUGGCAAAUCUGGCGAGCAGGAUGUAUCAUCCAAGCAGACUACAUUUCUGACGAGAUCCUCACGCCGGUCCUCAAAUCCAAUCCCAAGCCCGAAGACUUGAACCUCAACUUUUCGACUCGCGUUGCCAAGGACGUAAAGAACUGCUUCCCAGCCCUUCGUCACAUUGUCGCCAAAGCUGUAGAGACGGAUCAAGUAAUACCUGCCAUAAGCGCUACGCUGGAGUACUUCAAAGUCGCUAGUGGUACCGACCUACCGACAUCGUUCUACGAAGCAGAGCUCGAUUACUUUGGCAGUCACAUGUUCGACAAGAAGGGCGACAAAGAUGCAAAUGUCAAGAAGCCAAUGGAAGGCAAGCAUCACUUUGAGUGGAAGCCCGCGACGAGCCAGAAGGAACAGUACGGUAAGAACUACAAGUUUUGA